GAGUGUGCUAUUUUGAUAUUGAUUUUGUAUGUGGAGUUUCUUGCACGCUAACUUCUCAGCUCUUGUGUUUUAUAUUUAAAAAUAAGUUAGGAAAUGUUGUGUCGCGGUAUAAUGAGGGCUGUUCGUCCUUCUGCUGUGGGCUUGUGGUCCAGUCUUACGCUGAAAGAGAGCAGGGUGUGUCACAAGACGCCAGUCAGUGUCCGGCUCUACAGCAGCAGCAGCGAAGAGGAGAAAAUCAGCCGCUAUCCUGUGCCUUACAAGAAAAACCUGCCUUAUGACAUUGUGGAGCUGAUGGAGGAGGUUGAGAUGAAGGGAGGCUUCCUGCCAAAUGUCUUCAAGGUCCUCGCUCAUCGACCCGCAGAGUUCCGCGCUUUCUUCGCUUAUUAUAAUUUGCUCAUGAACAAAGAGACCGGUGGUUUGUCAAAGGCAGAGCGGGAGUUGAUUGUGGUAGCAACCAGCGCUCAUAACAACUGCUUGUACUGCGUCAUAUCACACAGCGCACUACACCGCAUCUACUCUAAGAAGCCGACGUUAGCUGAUCAGGUGGCAGUGAAUUAUAAAGUAGCAGAGCUUACUGCACGGGAGCGAGCCAUGCUGGACUUUGCCCUGACCGUGUGUCGCAGUGAGACGGUGACAGACGAGCACUUCAGCUCACUGGAGGCUCACGGAUUUGAUCGAGAGGAUAUUUGGGACAUCGCUGCCAUCGCCGCCUUCUUUGCCCUGUCCAACCGCAUGGCCCAUCUCACAGACAUGAGACCCAACACGGAGUUCUAUAACUUGGGCAGAGUGCCUCGGGACAAACGUCAACCAGGCACGGAGAGCGACAAGCCGUAGAGCAGAGCACUGUUGUGGUCGGAGAUGUGAAUAUCAUCCUCAUAGUGAAAAGAGAUUUUCAAGCUUGUUAAGGAGCCAAACCAAUAGUGUCGCAUUUAGAAGGAGUUGACUGUUAUUUUUACUGAACUCAUCAUUUAGUUGUCUAUUUGGUAAAAUCUAAAUAUAUUUGGUUAAUGUUAUAAAAGCAUUGAUAAUGCCAGAUAUAUCUCAGAAAAUUCUGAUAUUAAUUUAUUGUGGAAUCGUUAUUGUAGUAAAAUUUAUUUAGAGCACAGGUUCUACAGACCUGAAAGCUGAGACCUUCUAUCCUUUUAUCCAAUUCCUCACAGUUUUUUGGUCAAUUGCUGCAACCAGAUAAAUGCAUAUUGUGCAUUUGACAUCUCUGACUCCAAAAAAAAAAAAAAGAGCUGUGAAAUGUCCAUAAUCCAAAAGGACUUAUCUUGUAUCCUGUCUCAGUAGGUUGUACACUAAAAGGGGAUAUUUUUCAAUCUGGCAAAAUCUUAAGCCCUAUUCAAAUAGGAUUAGAGGUACAUGGGCUUAUGUAAUCACUACUGGCGUAUUUUUGUAAUCCGAAUCUCUCAUUGUGCCUCUAGGUUGUCCGUCGUUGUUUGCAUAAAUAUUUGGAGUCAAAAUGAGUCAAAAAAGUUUUUUUUUCCAGAAACACUGAUUUUCUUAUUACUUGAGGAGCGCCCCUAAAGUUCAAAACACAUUCCUGAUUUAGCUCAUUUGCAUUUGGUGAUGCCCACAAAACCCAGUAAAAUGGUCAAGUGUACAGAGAGCUUAGAGCAUGAUAAGAAUGAUCAGGGUAAAGACUUUGAUUUUGACAAUAUUUUUUUCGGAUAAAAAUAUUGCUUAGUAUAUUUAAUGUUAAAUAAUAAAUCUUCCAUCAGCUGAGGCAUUUGUUUACAGCUCACAGCCACACACAGGCAGACCUCAAUGUGUGGCUUUGUUUUGUCUGCCUUCCUUCCUUCCUUCCUUCCUUCCUUCCUUCCGUCCGUCUGUCAGUCCUUCCUCCCUUCCCUUCCCUUCCCUCCUUCCUUCCCCCCUCCCUCCUGCACCCCCUCCCUUUUGCCCUCCCUCCAUUUCACCCAUCCUUCCUUCCUUUCUUCCUUCAUUCCUUCCUUCCUUCCGUUCUUUCUUUUAGAUUCUUUAAUUAAAGCCAAUGAUAUGAAACUACUGUAUGGUACUGUUUUUUAGUUCCUAAUCCUAGUGAACUUGGGUUUUUUUUUUUGAUAAAUGUAAUCAUAAAUAAAAAUAAGUGCUUAAUCUUUGCUAAAAGUUAAGAAAGGGCUUCUGUGUGCUUUAGGUAUUUUUUAUAAUACUCAUACAAUCAGAUGAUAUAACAGCUGUCAGGUGUCUGAAAUUAAUUUUAACCCUCUAUAUUUUUCUAAAAUUAGUGUUCGAAAACUGUUUGUUCUUAAAGAUUUGUGGGUUUCGGCAUAAAACCAUACAUUUUAUGAUCUAUUCUGAUAUCUGUCAAGAUUUUUUCUAGUCUAAACAACAGAAGACAUUCAUACAGACAUAUAUCUUUUCUAGAAAUAGCUGUGUAUUAUUAUGAUUGUUUUGCACAACAGAAAAUAUCGGACUUCAGGAAACUGAUGCAUUAAGGAUUAAAGAAAUCUGCUGAAAUGUAAAUGUGAUAUCCGAAUAAUCCGUGAUCUAUAUUCUCUUGCACUGUUAAAUAAUGAAGGUGGUAGUGUAAGUAUGAUAUCAGCAGAGGGAGACAUCUCCCAAUGUUAGCCUUUGCACUUUGUUUCUAUACUGCAAGUGUGACUUUAAAGUUCUUGCAGUAAUGUGUGUGAAUGUAUGUGUUUAUCUGGAAUGUAAGAAUAAUAUUUUAGUCUAAA